CCGCGAAGCGCCCGCACCGUUCAGAGCCGCCCCGGUCGCCGCGGACUCCACAUUCCAACGUCGCUGUGCUGCCGGUCCAAGAACCAGUGCGAGUGACUGAGUGACCGUCUUCUACCCGUGCGACACCCAAUAAACCACCAACAUGUCUGACGAAGAGGAAUAUUCUGGCUCCGAGGAGGAGGAAGUAGAAGAAGAAGUUCCGGAGACACCCGCCCCGAAACAAGAGAGUAGACCAUCGAUCGCGGGUGAAGGAGAUCCAGAAUUCAUCAAGCGUCAAGACCAGAAGCGGUCGGACUUGGACGAACAGUUGAAGGAAUACAUCAACGAAUGGCGCAAACAACGGGCCAAGGAGGAGGACGAGCUCAAGAGGCUGAAGGAGAAACAGGCUAAGCGCAAGGUCUCGCGCGCUGAGGAAGAGAAACGCCUCGCGCAGAAGAAGAAGGAAGAAGAAGAGAGGAGAGUCCGCGAGAUUGAGGAAAAGAAACAGCGGGAUAUCGAAGAGAAGAGGCAACGGUUGGAGGAAGCAGAAAAGAAACGCCAGGCUAUGCUCCAGGCGAUGAAGGAAUCCAGCAAAACCGGACCAAACUUCACCAUUCAGAAAAAGAGCGACAACUUCGGCCUGUCCAAUGCUCAACUGGAACGCAACAAGACCAAGGAGCAGCUGGAGGAGGAAAAGAAAAUCUCCCUCUCAAUCCGCAUCAAGCCCCUGAACAUCGACAACCUCUCAGUAGACAAACUCAGACAGAAGGCCACCGAACUCUGGGAUUGCAUCGUCAAACUCGAGACUGAGAAGUACGAUCUCGAGGAAAGGCAAAAAAGGCAGGACUACGACUUAAAAGAGCUCAAAGAAAGACAGAAGCAACAGUUGAGGCACAAAGCCCUCAAGAAGGGUCUCGACCCAGAGGCACUCACAGGCAAACAUCCGCCCAAAAUCCAAGUUGCGUCCAAGUACGAGAGGCGUGUCGACACGCGGUCUUACGACGACAAAAAGAAGUUGUUCGAGGGUGACCUAGAGAAAUUCAACAAGGACUUCCUGGAGAAGGUGUGGCACGAGAGGGCAGAGCAGUUCGGUGGCAGGCAAAAGGCGAGACUGCCCAAGUGGUUCGGCGAGAGGCCCGGCAAAAAGAAGGGCGAACCCGAAUCACCCGAGGGCGAGGAAGACGUCAAGGCUGAACCUGAGGACGAUGAGCCCCUAUAUGAGCCCGAGCCCGAGGAAGAAGAGGAAGAGGUAGUCGAGGAGGAAGAAGAGGAAGAAGAGGAGGAAGAGGAAGAGGAAGAAGAAGAAGAGGAAGAAGAGGAAUAAAUAUGAGUAAGUGACGACCAGGGGACUAUACUGCCGACACGGGCCGGCCGCGUCGGGCUGUACUGUUUUGUAACCAAUCCAUUAACUUAUUUCUAUUAUAAAUUAAUUUUAUUAUUUAUACUGUUGAAUCAUUCGUUACGGAACAUGCACUUGCAUUGUACAACGCCGCACCUCUAUCUUAGGGCGUUACAAUAAACUAAUUUAUUUCAUAAGGCUGA